CGGCGGCGGGCGGAGCGGCGCGGAGCGGCACACGCGGCGGCAGCUCCCUCCGCAGCCCCGCGCCUCCCCAGCCCCGCCGCCGCCGCGCCGGGCAUGGCCGCCCCCCGCCGCCGCUCCCCGCGAUAGCCCCACGACACGCCGCGUCGCCGAGGUGUUCAUCUCGGUGGGGCCACACUGACCAUGCUCAGGAGCUUCUGUCUCCAGCUCAUGUCCUUGGUUUGGAUCCUCUUGGCCCAUCACCAACUUGCCCAAGGUGAUGACUGCAGCGAGCGCUGUAAUCUUGCCCACGGCUGCUGCGACCAGGAUGGGAAGUGCAGGUGUGACCCAGGCUGGGAGGGCGAGUACUGCGAGGACUGUGUGCGUAUGCCGGGGUGUCUCCAUGGGACAUGCCACCAGCCUUGGCAGUGCAUCUGUCACACCGGAUGGGCUGGCAAAUUCUGUGACAAAGACAUACACAUCUGCGAACACCAGUCCCCCCCAUGCCAGAACGGGGCUCAGUGCAUCUACGAUCGAGACGGGGAGUAUUCUUGCCUGUGUCCAGAAGGCUUCCAUGGGAAGGACUGUGAGAUGAAGACGGGGCCAUGUGAGAAGGCAGGGUCUCCGUGCAAGAACGGGGGGCAGUGUCAAGAUGAAAACGGCUUUGCCAGCAACUUCACCUGCCGGUGCCUCGCUGGCUUCGUGGGGGCUCUCUGCGAGAAGGACGUGGAUGACUGCCUGAUGCGUCCCUGUGCCAACGGCGCCACCUGCCACGACGGCAUCAACCGCUUCUCCUGCCAGUGCCAGGUGGGCUUUGAAGGGCGUUUCUGCACCAUCAACAUCAACGACUGCGCCAGCCAGCCGUGCAAGAACGGGGCCAAGUGCUACGACCGCAUCAAUGACUAUGACUGCUUGUGUCCUGAUCGCUUCACUGGCAAAACCUGCGAGAUCCCCGUCCCCGAGCCCACAUGGGCUCCCCCCUACCACCCUGUGAACCAUGACAGCAGCGGAGCUGUGAAAAGCACCACCAGCGAGAUGCCGGGGGUGACGCAGCCGGAGCCUGUCAGGACCGCAGUCACGGGGCGGCGUGUGGCCAACCACAGCGAGAAAGAGCCGGGGGGAGGGUUGUUGAAAAUCUCUGUGAAGGAGGUGGUGACCCAAAGGGACUCAGGGCUGAGUGAAGCCCAGCUGGUGACAGUGCUGGUGUUCGGGGUGCUGACAGCAGUGCUGGUCCUCAUCACCGUCCUGCUCCUGCUGAGGAACUGGCAAAGGGGCCGCCAGAGGUCAAACUGGUGCCAAAGCCCUUCCCAGGCUGAGAGGAAGCUGCAAGACCAGGAGUGUCAGGUGGGCAUGCUCAACACCGUCCUGAUUGAGCCCAGGAAGACAACAGAGCUGUGAGCUGGGAGGACUCUGAGCUGGGCCCUGGCACCAACCCCCUCGAACUGCACCUUGGGGAGCCGCACCAGCACAAGGUGGGCAGCAGGGAAGGGCUCCCAGGGCAGCAAAUGCAUCCACGAGUCCCCUGGGCAUCCAGCAUUGGUGUGAUGGCGCUGCCUGGGUCUGAGCUGUGUGCUCAGACAGCACCCAUGGGCACCUGAAAGCAGGGCUGCGAUGGGCGAGCCCUGCAGGGGAGCAGUGACGUGCCGCUUGCAGCAGCCCAUGCCGUGCAGUGCCGGUAUCGUCCGCUCUGCGCCCUCAGAAACAGGACAGGGAGUGCUGAGGAGGGCACAGCCUUCUUGCAAACCCAAAUUCUGCCAGGCCCUUUGUAACGUCUCUCUGUGACUACAGGAAGAGGGCUUUGUCCUCAUUUCCACUGGUAUUGGGGUAUUUCUUCUGAGGCCUUCAGGACGAUUGUGGCUGCACAGGCCUUCUGCCCCAGUACUGGACGGGGUGGCUCUCAGCUGUUUCUGGAGGCUGUCAUUUCAGAUGCCAUGUCCCUAGGGAGCGAGCAAACACCUUUGCUCCUUGGCCUUGUGGUUCUCUGAGCCAGUUCAAAGACACUCUGGAGAUCAUUUGGGGUCCCCUCAUGCCCUUCUGCCCUGGGUAAUGUCCCCUCCUCUUGCUCUCAGACUUGGGGUUACAAACACUUUCCGUACUUUCCUGCUGAUGAUCCAGCGAUCUUCUUGCCCCCACUUACUGAGCUGUCCUUUCAGGUCUGGCCACAAAUGACCAAGCUCCUUGCCUGCUCCCGUGUGCACUUCUGCCUCAAUAUUUUCGGGUAAUGGGGAGCAUGGCCUGCUCCCUUCUGGGGUCCUGUAGGCCUGAGCUGGUCCUUCUCAUAUGCUGUCACAGGUGAAACUGGAGAUGGACAAGGCUGGAGAUGUGCUGUGGCAGGUUGAU